UAAUGCCAUUGCACUGACUCAUCCAGGGAGAGUAAAGGAGCUCAGAGAACAAGGAUAUUAGAUAGAGAGGCGCUCAAGGGAAAGAGAAGGGAGGGGGCACGCGUAAGCAGGGGGAGAGAAGAGCUCGCCUUCACGGCCGAGAAGGGCAAAAUCAAUAAUUCAGUCGGAUAUUUUCAACAAGUAAAUAAAGAGCCUCAAAUCCCGGACUGAGUCAUCCAGUCCAGUUCGAGCAGGAAGACGGCACUUUUCUGAAGGGCUUAAUUAUACAGGAGGCAGCGAUCCUCCUUAAAAACUACAGGGAGAUCGAGGCUCUUGAUACCAGCAGGCAGGCAAAGUGGAAGGAAGGGAGGGAAACGAGACACGUCCAAUUUUCUUUAGAAAUAAAGUCGCAUUUGGAAAGAGAACUCCUUUUUUUGUAGUUAUGCUGACGUUCUUAAGAGACUCAAUGAGUUGGCUCUACAGGGAGUGAAUUUUACAUUCUCAUAUGUGGGAGGUUUGGGAUGGUUCUUCUUUUUUUAAAUCCCACAGUCCUGUUUCGAGAAAAAAAAAAAUCAGGACUUGCUUAAAAUAGAAUCAAAAUCCAAACCGCCAGCUGCAUCCGUCUCCACCUGAGUGCGUUUGAAAUCUGAGGCAUCAAUUAUACGAUUGGAAGCAAGACAGGAAGGGACAGAGCAAGAGGGAACGGCAGCUAGGAAGAUAUUUUUAUUAUCAUCAUCAUCAUUUCUCUCCUGCUUGCACCUCGGACAAUGUACCAGGACUUCCCAGCAAAUUUUGAUACCUCCUCUCGGGGCAGCAGCAGUUCUCCAGGGCAUCCGGAAACUUACUCGAGCAUCACAACUCAACAGAAAUUCCGGGUCGAUAUGCCAGGAUCGAGCAGCACAUUUAUUCCUACUCUGAACGCAAUAACCACCAGCCAAGACCUACAGUGGAUGGUUCAGCCCACUGUGAUAACCUCCAUGCCAAGUGCCUACUCUCGCUCGCAUCCCUACAGCCAUGCACUGCCCAAUCUAUCUUCAGUUACUGGACACACAGCCCUACAGAGACCUGGUGUUAUUAAAACUAUUGGGACCACCGUGGGCAGGAGGAGAAGAGAUGAGCAGUUGUCACCUGAAGAAGAAGAGAAGCGAAGAAUUAGAAGAGAAAGGAACAAACUAGCAGCAGCUAAAUGCCGUAACAGGCGCCGAGAGCUGACUGAGAAACUCCAGGCAGAAACAGAGGAGCUGGAGGAGGAGAAAUCAGUUCUGCAGAAGGAGAUUGCUGAGCUAGAAAAGGAGAAGGAGAAGCUGAAGUUCAUGUUAAUGGCUCACAGCCCCAUGUGCAAGAUCAGCCCCGAGGAGCACCGAACCCCUCCACCUCAUAACCUCCAGGCCCUGCGGACUGGAAUGAGUGGUGCUGUGGUGGUGAAACAAGAGCCUGUGGAGGAAGAGAUCCCCUCUUCCUCCUCUGAUCCUGAAAAAGGGCAGAGAUCUGUCAUUAAGCCCAUCAGCAUUGUUGGGGGGUUUUAUGGAGAAGAGCCACUCAACACACCCAUUGUGGUGACUUCAACUCCUGCUGUCACCCCUGGAACAUCCAACUUGGUCUUCACCUAUCCCAGUGUGCUGGACCAGGAGUCACCACUCUCACCAUCAGAGUCCUGCUCUAAAGCUCAUCGGAGGAGCAGCAGCAGCGGAGAUCAGUCAUCCGAUUCCUUGAACUCUCCAACUCUGCUGGCACUGUAACCCUUUAGCCACCACUCCACCCAGUUACUCUUGGGGGAAAAGCCCCACCUCAAGAUCAGAGACAGCACAAUGGCAUUCAAGCACAAGGCCAACAAGAGCCAGGAAAGGAAAUGAUGUUGCUCCAGAUAUUUCCUGAGACAGGAAGAAUAUAACAAAUGAAAGCCAUAUCGGAGUGGAGUUGGUGAGCAGUAGUCACAAUCCCAGGAUCCAGUGGUGAGGGGUUUCCCUCACUCACCAAUUACUGCAGUGGAUGUGACCAUCAGUAAAUUGCUAGCCAUUUUCCUAUUAGGCUGAUGAAUGAACUGACCUGGCUCCUCCUCCUGCGCUAAGUAGUACAUUCCAGUUAGUUGAUCUCAUUUGGGCCUUAACAUUUUCUUGAUUUUUGUUGGAUACCAUGACAUUUCGAAAACUCUAAAGGCUUGCUGAACUGCUGCUGAUGUUGAGAGCUGCCUCUUGGGGAUUCUUGCCAUGGUUGGGUGGCUUUUGGUACAUGGUGGAAGUUUUGGGGGAGAAGGGAAAUCUAUUACAGGUCCAAAUGGUUCUUCAAAAGUUAUGCAUCCAGUAUCUACAUUAGGGGAUGGGGAGAGUGCUGGGAAAUGAGUUAACAAAAGGAGAAAAGUCUCCUUGAAGACGACAGAGAGCAGUGCACUGUUUGUGUCUACAAAGGCUGUAUCGGCAACAUACCUUCGUCAGUGGGCCAGGAGAGGUGCCAAGCGGGCUGGGGAAAUGCCAGAGUGGGUUUCCACUAAGCCUUUGUCUCUGGCAUGAUGUCUUUUGUAAUUAGUGUUUGUCAAAUCUGUUGCUGGACCCUAUGUUUUCUUUCCUUUUGACUGUCAGCCACCUUGGGUGUGAUGCUGCCUCCUCUGAAGUAUGCCUGGCUCACGUGCUGGUGCUGUUUCUCAAACAAAGCCACCAGCUUCCAGGUUGUGGACAGUUGCCUUUGCACAGUGCUGCCAUUCUUCUCAUGACUGAUCAGGAAAGGGGAUGAAUUGAGGGAGAAUGUGCAGGAAGCUAGCUGGAAGCUUCCUUGGAGAAUUUUUCCCCUUUGGCUGACUUUCACUCAUCAGGGCCUGGCCAGCAUUAUGUGUAUUGCUGUCUGUCAGGCCAAGUUGGUUGGUUCUUUCCCCUUUUGCUGGUCCUAGCGACAACUAGAGAAAAAUGGAUUCUGCACCUUGCCUCCUGCUGCACUUGGUCUCUAAACUCUUAACUAAAUAUGGCUGUUGAAAAACCUGUGCUCACUACUGAAAAAGGCAGCAUGAUUCACUUAUGUACAUCCCCUGCAGUGCCAAGCAAAAUUUUGUUUAAUGCAACUGUACUUAAAGAAUAUACAGCUUUUUGCAGACAUGCUCACAGAUGAAUUGGAGAGAGGUUUGCUAGAUCUUCAUCUGGUAGAAGACAGUUUUACUGUAAAACCUGUUCUUUGCGAAACACCUCAUUUAGUUCAAGUUAAUGACAAACAUAUUAAUGAUAGGGGUCUGCUUUCAUUUUCUUUUAUGUGAUCUCUGGGUGAACUAGGCGAGGAGGCUGAGGGAUUUUUGACCCCAUUGUGCUCUUCAGAGACCAGCUUUUUGAGUUCAGGCAGGACCAUCUUCAAGCCAUGUUAACUCCCGUAGUGAGCAUUCUUGCCUCCCUCCAAGCUUUACCUUAACAGCUGGGGAACUGCAGUCUUGAGUUGAAGUGUUUCCACUGAUGUCAGUGACCACAUUCCUGUUUAUUUUUAAUGCAUCUGGAUCACAGCCAUAGUUAAGAAUAUAAUGCUAGGCCAUUUGAUCAGAGUUUCUAGCUAACGAAGAGUUUUUUAGAAUGAUCUAGAUUAUGUUUUUUCCAAUAAGAGAAGUCAGAUUCAGUGACCUGAAUCAAUUCCAGAGAAUUUGAGUACUGUAAAGGUAGUGUUUCUUUCAAGUGGAGCUCAGCCCUUGUGAUUUUGUGGACAUGUCCGUGUCAUUUUCUGGACAACAACGAUGGCUUGCUUCUUCAAGGAUGUUUUUAGGCUCUUAAAUCUAAUCUGCAACCUGGAAUUCCGAAGAGGUCUCCCAAAUACUGACUAGAUCCAUCCAAACUCCACUUAGCUUCCAAGCCCAGAAAUGGCUGAUAAAGUUGUAUUAUCUAUUUUUGCCUAUGCUGGCCAUAGGGAAAAAAAUCUGGAUUAUUUCUGGCCACUGGUAGUUGAGCUGAGUACAUCUAACCGCUAAGCACGUCCUAGACAUUACUUAACACUAUCAAGUUUCUCUUUACAGCAAUAAAAGCCAAAUACUUGCUUUAUAGGGAAAAAAAGGCUGUACAAACUGAUUUUUCUAGCUGUUAUCUCCUAUAGCAAACUCUGUGUUCAUUGAAAUAAUUUAAAUCAGCCUUCCCAAUUUAUGCCCUACUUGCAACACCAGUCUGAGCCGAAAGUCAUGUGGCAAACAAUGAGUUUUUCUCCAAAUGUGUUGAACUGUGUCAAGUUGAGGAAGACUGAUGUAAACCCAGAAUAAAAAGUUUUGUCUAUAGCUGCUUUUUAUAUACAUGUUAAAAAUGUUUUAUUGCUCAAGAUUCAGACUCAAGCAUCUCUUAUUUGGUAUUUUAAGGAGGAUUCUGCUUAUAAUGGGAUGGGAAAAGCCAGCAACUUCUUGUCACUAGAGUUACAAGGAACUGCUCAAGAUACCUAUGUCAGAAGUAAGGGGCCUCCGCUUGCCAGGGAUUCUCUGCCUUAGUGGGUCAGAAAUAAAACUCUGCCAUGGCUCCCUUGGCCCAGUCUCCAUAUUCUUCUUAGGCAUUAAUGGGAAAACUAAAGAGUGAAUUAAAUAAUCUGCACUGCCAAGCUUGGAAGUUAAAGGAUUAUUGACAGAAAAGGACAAUAUUCUGUGAAAUUUCUCAUUCUCUUAAAGUGUGCCAAUAGCAUAGUUAGUUAUGCAGUUGCAUGUUGAAUCUAUAAUUUUGCCAUCAUUCUGCAGAUAAACCUGCAGCUAAUAUGUGCUUUCUAAGAAGUGUUACUCCAGAAAACUUGGAGAAUUGAAGAAAAUACCCGAGUAGUGAUCCUUUUGUUCUAGUUCCAUGAAGCAGGAGAUGAUAGUGCUGAGGUCAGUCAGAUAGAUGAUAGGUGGAGUUUAUGGAAGAGUUCCCUUUAAAAAAUAUUCCAAGCUUGGCUGAAGGAAGAGCCAUCCUAAGCGAUGCUUUUAGAUAUCUAGACUUCUCUAAUUGGUUCUGGUCGUAGUCUCAGAUCUCUCUCCAGAUAAUGUUAGCUUGAUUCUUGUUUAUUUUUUAUACCAGUGGGUUUGUGUGCUCCAGUUGGAUGAUGGUUCCUGGAGCCUAGCAGCAGUAGCUUUAUGUUUGGUUCAUCCAAUCUUGCUACUUCAAGCAGGUUGAAGUAAAUCAAGCCAUUAUGCUCUUCCAGUAAAUUGUGCCUUUAUGGCUAAUACCUUUGGUCAUCCUUGCUGUACAAUUGGUUCAUUGUUGUGUUCAGGCUAAGCACUGCCAUAUUUUGGGUAGUUGAAUCCAGCUUUUAUUCCAAUUUUGGCUUUUCUUUGACAUCUUUUUAAAUAUGUACAUUUAUACAUUUGAAAUGGCAUAUUGUGCAUCUUUUCUUCUGCUACACGAGUGUAACUGCUGUAAAAUGUUUGCAUGGCACAAGCUCUUGUUUUUUUUUGCUUUUUCUUACUCUUUUUUCCACAAGUUUGUGAUCUACAGAACAAUUGACAGAGACCUGUGUUUUAUAGUUGUCACAACUUGCUGAAGGUGACAUAGUAGUGGGAAUAAUUUAGCCUUUUGAAGGCAAUACAGGAUGGCAUCUUACCCCUGGCUGGUGGUGAUAAAUAACAUCUCAGUUUUAGUUUUCUGUGGCACAGUUCUAUGAGUAACAAGCUUGUGUGUCAAGUUCCAAUAACAGCUUUUGUGCAAUAAAGCAAACUUGAGAAAUUUUGUAGAGUAGAUUGUGCCCAAAUCUUUUACAAUCUACAGGAUUUAUACCAAACUUGCAAUGUUUAGGUAUCUGAUCUGGCAAUGUUUUGCCCAGCUACUUUAAAAUUAAAGUCUUAUAUGCAUGCCUUUACAGAAAGCAAUUCCUGUUCUUGCAGUAUUUUGGAGAAAACGUAGCAUUUUUUUUUUCAGAGAAAAAAUCUAUUUGUCUCCCAACACUAAUGCAUUUUCUGACUCUCUUUAAAUUCUUGCUUUCUACCCAUUCCAGUUCUAAUGUUUAUACUUGAUUUUUUCUUUCCAUUAGAACACAAUCCAGCAAAUACUUUGCAACUUCUGAAUUUUAACCUGUUUUGCCCUGGUGACACAACUAGGGAUGGUGUAGUCACUGGGUUUGAUGAAUUUUUCUCAUUAAACCAGCUGAAUACUUGUGAUGUAACAGGACCUGAGGUCAUCAUAACAGUAUCAAUAGUUUUUUUUAUUCUCUAUCAUAUUGUUUUAUUUAAUUGAUCCACUAAGUUCAUUUGAACUUAGCAGUGUGCUGCUUCUGUAUUCCACCUGAUCCUAAAACAUUCAUUGAUUUCUUAUUUAUUGGCAAGCAGACAUUUUUUGUGUCUGCUCCAGUGAAUCUGCCCACUAUUAAUUCAAACAACUAUUUUUUAUGCCAAAUUAAUCAGAGUGGGUCAAAUAUUUUAAAAGAGGAUGCAUAUAUAAUGUUUACAUCUUUUUCUUUGCCACAGAUCUGGAUUUGAAAAAGAUCUUUUUUCCUACUGAUUUUUUAAAAUCCUGAUUUUUCUUUUUUAAAUAAAAAUAAUUAUGCAUGGGUAUGGGUUAAUAAUUUCUCCCCUUCCUUUUGUAUAAUUUUUCCAUGAGUUGGCUUAGUGCUUCAUUUUGGUUUUUGCUGUUGUUCAAAUCUGCAUGAAUGUCUCUUCUUUUUAGAAAUGGUGCACAUACGGUUUACUAGUCCCAGUUUCAUGUUCUUUUCAUUCAUGAGAAUUAUUGUUUUCUUGGGGUGUUUUCAUUAAGCCAUAAGUAUCUGAUGGUGUGCAAUAAACACUAGGCAAGUGCUUUCAAAAAAGGUUCGUAUCUCAGUUGUAAAGUAUGCGCUUUGCAGACAAAAGUCUCCAGAGCUUCUCUAGGUAGGACUGCCUCAAUUGCUGAAUGAAACAAACUUAUCAUAAAUCACUUUCAUAAACAUAAAUAAAUCACUUUCUGUUUCCUCCAAAAAUCUGUGGUUUCUAUGACAAUGUCAACACACCAUUUAGGUGGCAGUUUUGCAUAUCAGUAUAAAUCCUAGUGCUUGUUUUAUUCCAAUUCAUUAAAAAUCCAUUCUGCAGGCAGAAAGAUCUAAAAUGGGCUAGCAGAAUACGAUUAAAUUCCCACAGCGAGAGCAGAAAUUAUGCCCUUCCAUUAUAUCCAUUGGUUUCUAUUGUGUUGGGUCUUUCUCAUUAACGACAAAGAAUGUUGAUGUGAUUCCAUAUUCAGGCUGGUGAAAUAGAUUUUCUAAUGUUUAGUGCACAUCGCUACUCUUGGCUUACACAAAUGGAAAGAAAAACAUGGCAAAAAAUGGGAAAUCUGCAAGAACACCAAACUGUACACGUGCAUACAUAUUUUAUAAUUCUGGAAAACAAAGCCAGAAGAACUGAAGGAAGUAAAUAUUUUUAUGUCUCUCUCUACAAACCUCAUGAGAUUAAUAAGAACCAUAAGGACUCAGGGGAAAUUUGGAGGGAGAAAAGCACCAAAACUUUCUUACCUAUAUAUGGUGGGGGGGGGGAAUUCCCCUAUAUAAAAUGUAUAGAGAAAUGGUUUCUAUAUAUGCAUUUUCAGUCUUCUGCAGAUCAUAAGAUAAAGCAAGAAGAAUUCUUUCAGUACAAAAGAAUCAAAACUAUUUUUCUGUCCUAGAAAAUGGUUCUCCUUCCUUCCUACUCUAUUGAAUCUUAAGACUGUUCCGAUUUCUUCUUUGUGGCUGUUUUGAUGUGGGAAAAAAAAACAGAAUUAUGUGUUGAAAAUAGACAUUUGGUCUCUCUCAGUGAGCAGAUAAAUGUUGUGUGUGUGUAUAGAUUCUACUGUGUAGUCCCAAUAAAUAUUGGUGAGAAGAAGUGCAUCUUCAUUAGCACAGUAAAUUAAUGGUAUAAAGUGAAAAAAUGCUUUAGGACAAAAGGGCCUGAUCUCUUUUGUUUAUAUGACUGUGAUCUUAAAUGCAUUCACCUUAGAUGUAUGUACACCAGUGAUAAAAUCAGUAGAGAAAAUUGUUUCAGUGAUUUGAUUUUUGUCACCAUAUAUACAAAUCCAUAGAAACCGUUACAUAUAUUUUUUUUCCACACAUCCAAAGUUUUGUUUUCCUUUUUCUCCAAUAUGGGAUGAAAUAAGUUUUGAUAGAAGUUAUUUAAAUUGGGAGCCCUUUUCUGAAUGUCUGUGUAGAUCUCUCAUUGGCAGAGAAGCUUGCCUGAGUGGUCAUCUUCUUAUUCCUUUUCUUGUAAUGCAGGCCUACAAUAUUUGCACUAAAAUUACAAAAAUGAUGGUAUGGAGAUGGGUUAGAGAAAGCUUGCUGCUAUGAAAGAAAGAACUUAAAAUAAUGGCCAUGCUUUUACAGGUUUAAUGUAGUACCAUUUUGUAAAAUGAAAUCAAUCUAGAUGGAAAAGAAUGAAGGUUUUAUAUAUAUGUGUGUAUGUAUAAAAUUAUAAUUAUUAUUUUUUACUUUCUCUUGCUGUUCAUUUCCACAUCCCAUUUGAUUCUAUUCUGUGUUCUUUCAUUGCUACUUUUGUGAUUGUGUUCAUUAACCCCUAUCCCCAAGUUUAAACACUUGUAAAUGAUGCUUUCAUGGCACUGCGGACACCUUUUUUGUUUGUAUAGUGAGAUCUAACUGGAGUUCUUCUCUCUCUUCAGUUGAAUUCAUUAAAAAAAAUCUCUUUGUUAUGACCAA